AUGGUCAACCACUCACCUGCUUACUGGUGACAUGUGAAUCCAAACUUCUCUGGUUCUUAUACUCACCUUCAAAUUCCAAAGAACUCGUGAACUGAACUUUAAUUAUAUUUUGGUUGGCUGCGGCUUUUGUGCGUGUUCUUCUCAACAAUUAUUUCUCUUUCUGUGUCUGCUUCCUCAGCUUGCAAGAUAAAAGUACAAAAACCAACGAAUGGGUAUUGUCUCAGUGUUAAUAUUUCUUCUACUUUUCUUACUUCUGUGGAGCUCAGGCAUUGUUCUUGGUGAUUUCCCAACGACCCUUCAAGGACCCUUCAAGCCUGUGACUGCCCCUCUUGACAAGAAGGCGUACCGUGGAAAUGCCAUUGACUUGCCUGAUACUUACCCUCAAGUUCAAAAGAAUGUUGAGGGUUUUGAGCCUCAACAAAUCUCAGUCUCCCUCUCUUCAAAUUAUGACUCUGUCUGGAUCUCUUGGGUCACAGGGGAUUUCCAAAUUGGUGAUGACAUAACGCCAUUAGAUCCUGAAUCAGUUUCUAGUGUUGUUCAGUAUGGAAUCUCAGGGUCGCCAAUGAGUUAUCAGGCAAUUGGUUAUUCUCUUGUUUAUAAUCAACUUUAUACUUUUGAAGGGGCACAAAAUUACACUUCCGGCAUUAUACACCAUGUUCGCCUUACAGGACUGGAACCGGGAACAUUGUAUCAAUAUCAAUGCGGAGAUCCUUCUAUACCAGCAACGAGUGAUAUCUUUUAUUUUAGAACCAUGCCAGUCUCCAGUCCAACAGAUUACCCCGGCAGAAUAGCUAUGGUGGGAGACCUAGGUCUUACUUACAAUACAAGUACAACAUUCAGUCACUUGCUCAGUAAUCAUCCUGAUCUACUCGUUUUGGUUGGGGGUGUUAGUUAUGCCGACAUGUAUCUCACCAAUGGAACCGGGUCUGAUUGUUACUCUUGCUCAUUUCCUCAAACUUCCAUCCAUGAAUCAUAUCAGCCACGUUGGGAUUGUUGGGGAAGGUUUAUGCAGCCUCUGCUGGCUAAUGUUCCAACAAUGAUGGUUGGAGGGAAGCAUGAAAUAGAAGAACAGGCUGAAGAUGAGAUAUUUGUUGCUUACAGUUCUCGAUUUGCUUUCCCAUCUGAUGAAAGUGGGUCAUUCUCCACAUUGUACUAUUCUUUCAAUGCUGGGGGUAUACAUUUUGUGAUGCUCAGCCCGUACAUUUACUAUGUCAGAUCAUCUGAUCAAUAUGAGUGGUUGGAAGACGACCUCUAUAAUGUUGACAGGAAUGUGACUCCUUGGUUGGUGGCUGCUUGGUAUGCUCCUUGGUACAGCACCUUCAAGGCCCAUUAUAGAGAAGCAGAAUGUAUGAGAGUGGAAAUGGAGGAACUGCUUUAUGAGUAUGGCGUUGACAUUGUCUUCAAUGGACAUGUACAUGCAUACGAGAGGUCAAACAGAGUAUACAACUAUUCUUUAAAUCCAUGUGGUCCAGUUUAUAUUACAUUGGGUGAUGGUGGUAGUCGGGAAGCAAUGGCAAUUGCCCAUGCUGAUGAUCCUGGUAAUUGUCCAGAGCCAUCCACUACGCCAGACGAAUAUAUUGGUGGCUUCUGUGCAUUUAAUUUUACAUCAGGCCCAGCUUCCGGUAAGUUUUGCUGGGACCAACAGCCUGAGUAUAGUGCAUACAGAGAAAGCAGCUUUGGUCAUGGGAUACUAGAGGUGAAAAAUGAGACUCAUGCUUUGUGGAGUUGGCACCGGAAUCAGGACUCUUAUCAAAUUGCUGGUGACAUCAUCUACAUUGUAAGAGAACCUGAUCGGUGUCUGCCUGUCUGAUGUCCAAAGUGAUUAAACACAUUUUUUUGAGGGUUAGCAGUAGCUAAAUGCUAGGUGUUGUUGAGAACAGCAAUCAAUGAAACCUUCAUACAGCCUUACAACUUAAGCCGCCGCAUAGACCAACAUAUCAUCGGCUUUUUAGGGGCAAACAUUCCCCUGUAGCUUUCCACGUUUUGUACUAGUAUUACUGUUAGCCUCAAGUCAUCUCCAAGAUUACAUCUCCAAGUUAUUGAAAUUUGUUAAAUAGAUCUCCAUAUCAAUUAGUUCCUCGCAA